AUGGCUACACCUUCGCAGAAGAGAAGUACCCGCAGUGGCACUUCGGGGACCCCCUUGUCCCCCACCCGCAUCACUCGCCUGCAGGAGAAAGAGGAUCUGCAGGAGCUGAACGAUCGUUUGGCUGUGUACAUCGACAAGGUUCGCUCGCUGGAGCUGGAAAACGCUGGGCUGAGGCUCCGCAUCACCGAGUCGGAGGAGGUGGUGAGCAGGGAGGUGUCAGGGAUCAAAGCUGCCUACGAGUCGGAGCUGGCGGAUGCUCGGAAGACCUUGGAUUCUGUGGCCAAGGAGAGAGCUCGGCUGCAGCUGGAGCUCAGCAAAGUCCGAGAGGAGCAUAAGGAGCUGAAGGCUCG